UUAAGUAUGGUAUAUUGCUGAUAGUCUGGACUUUAAAGUUGUGGGAAUAUGUUGGUGAUUCAGUUUAAUAAUUUAUACAUUUACAUUUUUAUUUCACUUGCAAUAAUUGAUAUUUUCCAUGAUUAUUAUGCUCAAUGCCAAGAAGAGGAACAACAAAGCGAAAUAAUUGUUAGUUUGAUUUAUGGAUUUGGUAUUCCAUGGGAUGUGGAAGGUGGUUAUAUGACUACGGGAUACGUUAUACGUGUGCAAUAUGGAUUUCCAAUGAAACUUAAGGAGUGGAAACCUCCGUAUGCCAAAUAUUUCAAAAAUCGAAGAAGCACAGUGGAAAGAAAUGAAACUUUAAAACAAAUACCGGAAAAGGUUGACAAUGCAGAUGGUGUUUUAAGGAAAGAGAAAAGGCGAAAUGAUCCGAAUAUAGAGAAAUACAGGUGGGCUGCUUAUCAUGCGUUGGAGAUGCAUGCAAAAAGAUUAGGUUACGAAGGAAGAGCUUGUGUCUUGCGAGGCAUUUGUGAAGCUGCAACUGUUCCUUUCAGUUGGAAAAGUGGACUCCUAGGAGAGUUGCUCCACAUCUUACUAACCCCGUCAACAUCAGUAGAACCAUUGACUAAACAUUCUGAUAAUGAAUAUUUACAUGCUGAGUACCUGGGAAAAUCAGGUGCACCGUGUGAGCGUAUCUUCAAGGAAUGUAGAAAGUCGCUGCUGAGUGAAUUUUCGGGGGUCUUUGUUGAACGAUUUCAACUUAAUAUGUAGCUUAUGAUGUGAAUUUCUUCUAAUUUAAGUCAAUAAGUGUAUGCUGAUGAUCUUUAUUUCUAUUGUACAGACGCAGAUAAUUGUUCAUUUUAAUUUCUACUACUAAUUAUCGGAAAAGAAUUAAAUAGCAAGUACAUUAUUUUAUAGAAACUAUAAAAUAG